GUGAACGAUCCAGAUGCAGAGUUCUGGGUGGUGGUGUACAUGAUACCUGCAGUGCUUACCCUGCUUGUUGGGUUUAAUCCUCUUGUCACAGGCAAUUUCGUCUGGAAGAGUGUGUCUGUGAUACACAUGCUGUUUUGCGUGCUGUGGGCUGGCAACUUGGCAUACCACUUCUUGCUUCAUGCACAGCAGAGCAUCCUAAAUGAGGAAGAAGGCAGCCUGCUGUUGAGCUUGGUGACUUUGCUGGCCAGAUACACUGCUCUCUCCACAAGGGUCUUGUGGUUCUUGGAGGAAGGACUGAAUGAUCUCAGCACAGUGAGACUUGCUGUUUAUCAGGAGCACUUCCAGACCAGGACUUCCAAAAGCCACUGGGCAGCGGUUGUCUUGCCCUCCCCAUAACCAAUACUGGGUAUCAGGCUUUGGCCUGGAAUCUUCUCUGCACCUCGAUAUUUCUGGGAUCUCGCUAGUUAACUUAGUUUUGACCUAUGGGUCUGAAUGGUACAGAAUGCACCUCUUAGCCUUCACCAGAAGCAAAAGGGCAGCCAUGAUACUGAGAUGGCAGCCACUGGCACAUGCACAGCUUUGGAGGGGUGAAGACUACACUCGAUUUUUUCUAUUGGAUUUAAGAACCAAUAGCAGGUUUAACAUUCCAGUUCUCAGGACGUCUCCCCAGGAUCCCACAGUCUUCUCCCUUUUCCUAUGUCUGCCCAUCAGUUUGUUCUCUAGACACACAUCCAUAGCUCAGAAGCCAAGAGUUCCUCCUAUGCUUUAACCCUCCAGCCCUCACUCACUGACCUUCCCCCCUCAGCUAAACCAUCUUCCUUCUUUUUUCCCCCUGUCAUCCCUAAUCUCUUCAAAUGAAAUUCAAGUUUCUCUUCCAAUUCUUUGUCCUUUUAUAUGAGGUGGGCAAUUCCUCACAUUUGUACUUGUGUUUGUAUGUCUUUUUCCAUCUUGGUGACAUCAGUGUACACAGAACACAUGACAGUCAUGCUGUGGCUGGCUGGGUAGAGCCAUGAUCCCUGUUGCCUUAAACUGUGAGAUGUACUUUGCACAUGAGAUCAUGAGCCCUGACACGGGCUGGUGCUUAGACCACCCAGAGGGCCAAGUGAUGCCAAAGAGCAUCUUGAGUGGCUGAAGUGGCAAAGAAGAGAAUCUGCCCAGAGCUUCCCACUGGAAUGUGGCCACACCAACCCUGUUCUCAGCCUGGUGGAAUGAUUGCAGAGUCCUGACCUUUAGACUGACCGGAGAACCGAUGCAUGUGGUAGCUGCCACAUGGGCAAGAAUUCACUGGGGCAGCCACAGAAAAUGACGUACCUGUUUUCGGGCAGGCGUUUCACAGGUACUUACAUUGACUAGAAUUUCUGUUUUUCAGCCCUGCAUCAAACUCUACUCUGCACUGGUCUGUUUGCUGUCAAGACUUUCUGCAGCUAAGCCUUGCCACCAGCAACAGUGGAGUGGGCUCCAUUUGUCUAGAGUAGAAGUCAAAAAUGAUUUUCUACACUGUGGUCCCAGUGCUGGGUAUUUCAAACAGAGCAGGCUAGCCAGCACUCAGCACGUGGUUCUGGUGUCACUUGGUACUUCCCUACAGGCUCUUCUGAGAUGGAAGUACCAUGUCUUCACCUGAAAUGAGUUCUCAGUUUCUCUUCACAGAACAGGAAUGUCACCUUUGGGUGCUCUGAACCACAACGGUCCAAAGCCCACUCACACAGCAGGGCUCCCAUGUGCUCGGUUCUAGAGUUAACACAACAGCACAUUCUCCUUGUACACAAAAGAAGAGAUUAAAAUUAAGCUAAACACAAUUCCUUAUCAGAUUAUAUGCCCACAAGUCCCCUUCCUGGUUUGCUUUACUUCUAGCCAUCAGCACUUGUAUAUAUUAUCCAAAAAUAACAUUUCUGAAUUUUAUCUUCACUCUCAUAUACUGAAGCAACAAAUGCACUUUGUUUUUUUGUUUUUUUUUGUUUUUUGUUUUUUUUUGUUUUUUUUUGUUUUGUUUUUUUGUUUUGUUUUUUUGGUUUUUUUUUUUUUGGUUUUUU